GCGUACGACGUACGGGAAAGUAGUUUGGCUGAGGGCUUAAUCGCCGAGGAAGCUAAUUAGCCACGUGUCACGAUAUCUCAGGACGGCAUCGUUGGGAGGAAAGUACAGCGCGCCGAGCUGACGGUGGCUUCAGGCAAAGCCACAGGAACGCUGAGGUGAAGAAGGCAUAUAGGGUUGUGUGUGUGUGUGUGAGUGUGUGUGUGUGUGUGUGUGUGUGUGUGUGUGUGUGUGUGUGUGNGAGAGAGAGAGAGAGAGAGAGAGAGAGAGAGAGAGAGAGAGAGAGAGAGAGAGAGAGAGAGAGAGAGAGGGAGAGAGAGAGAGAGAAACGGGGGGGGGCGAAGGGGAGGGGGCCCUGAGGGGCCUGGGAGGUUGAGUGAUUGAAAGGCACACAUACAUACAGACAGAGGCACGCAGAUGGCACAUUCGUGUGGGGCAAGGUUGUUCCGGGUCUGUGGGAUGCUAUUGACAGCACCGUGUGAGGGAGUUGCGUCGAGGAAUGAGGGAUGCAUAUCUGCUUUGGCCACAUGGCAAUCAUGUCAUCAGCACAAGAUGGGCACUGCAGGGCUAGGGCGGCGUGGGAAGGGGUUCUAUGGCUGGCAGCAGCGCACUUGCCUUGUGGACACAAAGUCGCAGAGGAGGUCGACUACCGCGAGCUGUGAUGGAGGCAUGACCAUUUGUAGUGGCGGAGAUGCUUCAGAUGAUGGCCUUGAGCACUGUGGUGGAGCUGGCUGCUCAGAGGAUGUGGAAGGGCAACUCGAGAGGGAGAGGGGGAGCAGGAGGGUCGGUGACAAUAGUAGAAAUUACUCGAGGAGAGGCUUUGCAGCUAUGGCUGCGGUGUUGGGGGCAAUGAUGCUGAAGCGCGAUGGGAGUGGGGUGGCUAUGGCAGAAACUGCCGUAAAUGCUGCUGCCGCAGACGGUGCGAUGGCGACAGUCACAGAAUGUCCACCCGAGACCGAAGAAGAGAUGGAACGGAUGAAUGUCUUGAUUGCUGUCGCAUGCAUUGUAGAAGCAGUGGCCUUGAUUGGAGCUGCUGUGGGUGGUUGGGUAGCUAGACAGAGAAAGGCGGAGCUAGAGAGAAUCAAUGCCCAAUUAAGGCAGAUCAACCUCAACCUUAGGAAACAGGCAAGGGUGGAAACAUAUGCUCCGAGGCUAUCGUAUGCCCCUGUUGGCCGAAGGCUUGACGUUGAGGCCCCUGCGGACAAACGCAAGGAGGAACUUAUGAGCUAUCUUCGAGGUGGUAAAAGAGGUCUGCGAGAGGGUCGCCCUCAGGACGCAUUCUACGAGUUUGAAAAGGCGUUGGCUUUGGCUAGAGAACUCAAAGACACUGUGGAGGAGAAGAAAGCUGCAAGAGGUCUCGGUGCUGCUUGCCAGCGGCUUGGCAAAUACAAGGAGGCUGUGGGGUGCCACAUGAUUGUCUUAUCCAUAUCGGAGAAAACAAAAGAGCAUGCCGGCGAUACGGAAGCCUACGGGUCUAUUGCGGACUGCUACACGGAGUUAGGAGACUAUGACAUGGCCGCAAAGUACUACGACUGGUACAUUGGAAGACUUACUGUGCCGGAUGAAUGUGCACCGUAGACUUCGUUACUGAAUACGUAUGAAUACUUUUAUCUCACUACUGGUGCCUUACCCUUCGUCAUGACAGUUUGCUUCAAUGGUUCUCCUUUCUCAUUUUGCAGUCUCCCUCUCCCUCCCUCCCUCCCUCUCCUUCCCUCCUGCCGCCUCCCCUCUCUCUCUAUGUAGCUCACCUCCUUAGAGUUCCUGUGGAUAGAUGCUUAUGAAGAUCAUAAGGUGCCUGAGCUUGUCAGUUUGCCUCUUUGGAGAACAACAGUGGCAUCCUGUUUGAGUGACAGGCCAUGGAAGCAACAGGCCAUGUCAAACUGUUCUAUUGACAUACAUGGUCUAUUGCUUCCAAGUCGUCCAUUCUCACGAUCAACAAGCGGCUCAAGAAUUGAUACGAUUUUUCAAUUUGCCCUUGUCUUUUUUAUAUAUGCUAUGGCCUGCAAGCUGGAGCAGCAGAGUGCACGUGAGAUUUUGAUUCUCUGCUCUAUGCUCUUUAGCACUCUGCCUGAUGAUAGUGCACACACUCCUAUCAUUUGAUUGAGGCUCGUGACGGCAGCAUAACCGGAGGAUGUUUAAAAAAAAAAAAAGGAAGGCUCGUGACGAGCAUUUUGAUGAUAGAGAAUGCACUCCUUUUAUCAAUCAAUCAAGGCUUGUGAAGAGCAUUUGUUUCAAACUCCGCCGUUUUUCAAGCUUUUGAGCUUUCUAUGGCACGCAGUUGGCUAGCACGAGGAGGGGGGACGGGGGGCAGCAGUGCACGAUAUUUGGAGUGCUCGGACUUCAGCAGCGAUUUUUCAUGGUCAUAAUUGGUAUGAAAAUGCUGAUCUGUCAGGGGGGGAAACUAGAGAAUUCAGAAGGAAAAAAAAGGAUGCCUACAUGGCAGGAAAAAGAAGCCUGGGGGCAAAAGUACGCAUGUUUUUUCCCCUUCCGGUACAUGGCAGGAAAAAGAAGCCUGGCGGCAAAGGGGGUAGGCUUGAAGCGCUUUAGCUUCUGUGCUUCAGAGUCAGGAAAAUCAAUAAGCCAAUAUAGA